AUCCCCAGGCACUAUGACACAGCAAGGGCAGCUGUAUCCCUGGCUCCUCCCACCCAGUGUGUCCCAACAGCAGAGGCAGCUGAAUCUAGAGCAGUUGGGGGUGGGCAGGCCCGGCUGGGAGCAGAGCAGAGUGGCAGAGAGGACAUAAUGAGAGAAUGCAUAUCAAUCCACGUGGGUCAAGCAGGAGUUCAGAUUGGCAAUGCCUGCUGGGAGCUCUUCUGUCUGGAACAUGGCAUCCAGGCUGAUGGCACCUUUGGUACCCAGACCAACAAGAUCAGUGACGAUGACUCAUUCACGACAUUUUUUAAUGAGACUGGCAAUGGAAAGCAUGUCCCCAGGGCUGUCAUGGUAGAUCUGGAACCUACUGUUGUAGAUGAGGUUCGGGCAGGAACCUAUAGUCAGCUCUUCCAUCCAGAGCAGCUGAUCACAGGAAAGGAGGAUGCAGCCAACAACUAUGCUCGGGGCCACUAUACAGUGGGAAAGGAGAGCAUCGAUCUAGUUUUGGACCGAAUACGGAAGCUGACAGAUGCGUGCUCUGGCUUGCAGGGAUUUUUGAUUUUCCACAGUUUUGGAGGUGGCACUGGCUCUGGCUUUACUUCUCUGCUGAUGGAACGUCUCUCCCUGGAUUAUGGCAAGAAGUCCAAGUUAGAAUUUGCUAUAUACCCAGCCCCUCAGGUGUCCACUGCAGUUGUUGAACCCUACAACGCCAUCCUGACAACCCACACUACACUGGAGCAUUCAGAUUGUGCUUUCAUGGUUGAUAAUGAGGCCAUCUAUGAUAUCUGCCGUAGAAACCUAGACAUUGAGCAUCCCACCUAUACCAAUCUCAACCGCCUCAUCAGCCAAAUUGUGUCCUCCAUUACUGCCUCUCUCCGCUUUGAUGGGGCACUCAAUGUGGACCUCACAGAAUUCCAGACCAAUCUGGUACCCUACCCCCGCAUCCAUUUCCCACUGGUCACUUAUGCACCUAUUAUCUCUGCUGAGAAGGCAUAUCAUGAACAACUCUCUGUGGCUGAGAUAACCAGCUCCUGCUUUGAACCCAACAGCCAGAUGGUGAAGUGUGAUCCAAGGCAUGGCAAGUACAUGGCCUGCUGUAUGCUGUACAGAGGGGACGUGGUGCCUAAGGAUGUUAAUGUUGCCAUUGCUGCCAUCAAGACCAAGAGGACCAUUCAGUUUGUAGACUGGUGUCCCACAGGAUUUAAGGUGGGAAUCAACUACCAACCUCCCACUGUAGUGCCAGGAGGGGACCUUGCCAAAGUUCAGCGUGCCGUCUGCAUGCUGAGUAAUACCACAGCAAUUGCGGAAGCAUGGGCUCGACUUGACCACAAGUUUGACCUCAUGUAUGCCAAGCGGGCUUUUGUGCAUUGGUAUGUUGGAGAAGGAAUGGAAGAAGGAGAAUUUUCUGAGGCCAGAGAAGACCUAGCUGCUCUGGAGAAGGAUUAUGAAGAAGUGGGGACUGAUUCAUUUGAAGAAGAAAAUGAAGGGGAGGAAUUUUAAAUAUACUUUCCCCCUUUGGCUGUGUCUCUUUAUUUAUACUGUUCCAUUCCAAAACUAUUGGUUAGUUGUAAGAAUAUUGGAUAUAAUCCCAUACCUAGUCUGAUUUUAUCUUACACAGGAGUAGAGUGCUUGACUUUAAAUGCCCACAGUGUUACUCCUUGCUACGACACCAUGUUAUUCAGGAAGUAGUCAGGGCCAUGGUGAUGUGGUAUAAAAUAAAUGCUCUCAGAUCAUUUCUGGGUAAGAAAAUUUAGUCACUGCCCCUUUGUUAUGGUGAAGGGAAAUUAAACAUGUGAGGAAGGCUAAUCAGGAUUUAAAAUUCUAUCUUAGGCUAUGUCUGUUCCAAAACUGUUGGGUGGAAAAUGGUAAAACCCCUAGAGAAAGGAAAACUCUAGACAUUGGAAACAUUCGGGAAAACAGUGACACCAAACACUUAGAGUUUAACCUUAGAGCUAAAUAUUAAUAGUCUAAGAGCUCGAGUUAGUGUGAAAUUAGACUGAUACAUUUCCUCCACUAUAAAUACACAAAUGAAAUAUAAUUUCAGAUAGUGUUAAAUAUAGGAAGUAAAGAAGCAGUGAUGAGAGGAUGGGUCUGGGAACAUUGCUUGAGGGUAGUCAGAGGUCUCGUGGAGCCCUCAUGAUGGGAAAAAAUCAUCUUGUGAAAUUUUUGAGUCAUAUGAUACUGGGAUGAGGGAAAAAACAGAUAUGGGCACAAGUUUAGGAUAUCUGAAGAAGAGAAAAGAGGUCAGUGUACCUGGAUAAAGGUGAGACCCAGUGCCCAUCUAAAUAUAAAUACCAGAAAUAAAAUUGUUUUGUUUUGAAACAUUUGAAACAUUUUAAAGCAGGAUACCCACUAUACUUUAUAUAAAAUAUGUAUAAACCUUAUCUCUAGUCCUCCUGACAAUCUCAAAAUAAAUAUUCUGCUAAUUUUACAGAUAAGAAACUAAGGUUUAGAGAUUUUUUCUUGGAGAUAGAGCACAAGUAGCAUAAAUUGUCUUCUUCUUUCUACCCUACAUUGUGUCUAGCUCUUAGUAUUUGUGCCAGAUUCUAAAUAUUGCUUCGUAUAAUGGGGGAAUAAGGAAGUGUGUAGAUUUUUAGAAUUGUAAAUACUUCUCUCCUGGUAACUAUACAGUUAUCCACCUUCCUCAAACAUUCUUAACUAUUAGAAAUAGUAAAUAUGUUCUCUAUCUCCAUAAUUUUGUCACUGAAAAUAUUAAAUAGAAUUUUAUAGGUGUAAGUUCCCUCUACUUCUAGUUUUCUAAAACUUUACAAUGAUAAAUAAGACUUGAAUAUUGUUAAUUUUUUCUGCAUCUUUAGUCUGAUAAUAUUUUAUAUUACACUAGUGUGUAUGUGUGUGUUGGUGUGAUGAUGAUGGGGAUCAAUGUGGAGCAUGGAGACGGGCACUGAAGCAGAUAAGACCUGACCUUGCAAGGCCUUCCCGCAGAAGGGAGUAUCUGGGCAAAGUUGGCAGGAACGGUGUCAGCACCAGGUGUCCAGCCUUGAGCCUCACUUGACCUCCUAGUCACAUGUGCCCAAAACACAGAAACUGUCACCUACACUUAGCAAGUCAUCCUCACCACUGCAUCUGCCUUGAAUGGAAUUGGACUAGGGCAAAGCAGAGUAGGAAAGGUAAUAAGCCAAUAAUGCUGAAUUUUAUGUGAUUGGACUUUCCUGUAAGC